AUGUUCACCUCUUCUUUUAGUCCCCCCUUUUCUCCCACUUCCAAAUCAUUUUUUUUUUCAUUUUCCUUCUCUUUCCUUUUUAUUUCCAUCUCUCUCUCUCUUCAUUGUUUUUGUCGAUUUCUUUUUCCAGACUCUACACGAACUUCAUCUCAUUCCUUUUCCAUUGACUCUUUUGAUUCCUUCUUACUUCGCCAAAAUUUGUUCGUUUCUUUUAUUUUUAAAUCUCUUUCUCUUCUUUUUCCCUUUUCUUUCUCAUACUUUUACCUUUGCGUUCUCUCUUUUCCUCUCUUCUUUUCAAUUUCUUUUUCUCAUCAUACUCUUACUUUCUCGUUCUCUCUAUUUAUUACUUCUAUUUAUAUCUAUUCUUUUCCCUUUCUUUCUUUCUUUCUUUCUUUCUUUCUUUCUUUCUUUCUUUCUUUCUUUCUUUUUCUUCCAGUUAUCUUCUUUUCCUCCUCAUACACUUACCUUCUCGCUAUAUUUCUUUUAUCUAUCUUUUUUCUUUUUCUUUUUCAUCAUACUCUUAAUUUUUCGUUCUCUCUCUCUUUCUCUCUCUCUCUUUUUCUCUCUCUCUUUCUCUUCCUCAUACUCUUACAUUUUAAUUCUCUACCCCGUCUCUCUUUUCAUCUUUUUGUUCUUCCAACAACCCAGACUGCUUUUUUUUCACCAUAG